AUGCUUAUAGCUGGUUAUGAUCUUGACAUGUCAUAUAUCACAGAUCGAGUAUUAGCAAUGUCAUUUCCUUCACAACGUAUGCGAGCAAUGUAUCGAAAUCCUCUCUGGCAGGUUAAAUCUGUAUUGGACAUGAGACAUUAUGAUCAUUAUAAGAUCUAUAAUCUCUGCAUAGAAGAAAGUUAUGAUCCAGCUCACUUCCAUGGACGCGUGGAACCAUACCCCUUUGAUGAUAACCAUGUGCCAUCUCUUGAAAUGAUAAGAGCUUUCUGUGAAAGUGUAGAUUCAUGGCUGGCAAGUGACCCCAAAAAUAUUGCUGUUAUUCAUUGCAUGGCAGGAAAAGGUAGAACUGGAUUAAUGGUGUGUGCAUACCUAACUUAUUGCGGCAUGACAGCAGAUGAGGCUCUUCAACUGUAUGCAGAUAGACGAACAACCAAUAAUGAAGGAGUAUCAAUACCAAGUCAACGUCGUUAUGUGGCAUAUUGGGACACUCUUCUUUCCAAUUCUGUUCCUAGGGGAACUGGAAUUGGACCACCAAAGGUGAACUUGCCUCAACCAUGUAGCAGAGAAUUGCGACGAAUCCGGCUUUAUGAUGCAAUCAACAUUGACACUAUAUUCUUUGUUAUCUCAGAGUUACAUGAGGUUCCUAACGAGGUGUAUCGUCCCCCAGUGGAAGUUUAUCGUAGCAGCUGUAGACAGGUAAAGAAAGGGUAUCAAAGAAACAGCAGCCCUCGCUAUUAUAUCUCUAUUCUUGAAGAUGAUAGAGAUGGAAAACAAUCAGAAACAGAAGAACCUCGCAUUGUAGUUCAAAUGGACACAGAGAGUCCUGCUAUAUACCAGAAAUCAUGUUUGGACCAUUACUUUGAUAAACCUAUACAAGUAACUGGAGAUGUACGUGUCAUAUUCUAUGAGAAAAUGAUAGGAGGUCGCCUUUUCUACUGCUGUUUUAAUACAGCUUUUAUUAGGAACAGCUUACUACAGCUCACAAUACAAGAGCUGGACAAAGUUGGGAAGAAGGGAAAAUCAAUAUGUGGCCCUGACUUCUGCCUAGAAUUAUUGUUUGGUCCUGCUAAUACAGGAUAUUCAUCAUCAAGUAUAUCCAAUGAUGAACAUUGUAGUGAUAAUUCUUUAUAA